AUGCUCGUAAGAAUUGACUAUUCAAAUGAUAGCUUGCAGGCCAGUUGGGAUGAAGCCAAGGUCACCUGUGAGACAACAAUCGGAAGGCUGGCUGUUCUCCCGAGUGCUGAUGACGCUGAAAAUCUCAUCGAUGAGAUCAAAGCCAUCAGCACACCAUAUUCAUUAGAAUAUGACCGUUCUGUCAAAAUGUACGAAUUUGGGAUGGAUCGCCGGUAUUGGAUAGGCCUGUCAGACCAGGAGGAGGAGAGCAAUUGGGUGUGGGUGGAUAAUCAGGGGAAAUUGGGCUAUGAUUUUUGGUACCCCAACCAGCCGGACCACAUAAUUUCAAAAAAUCCAGAACACUGCAAAACGGAUACAAAAAUUGCACUGGACGAAUCUCCCAUCACGACGACAUCAUCUCCAAAACCGAAAGGCAGAUCAAUGUCAAAAUCUAAAAAGAAACACGAGGCUAAUGGACACAGAAAAACUGCAAAGGAGUCGCAAAGCAAGAAUACCCAUUCUCAUAAAAAUAAACACAAGAAAAAAACUACUACAGUUAAACCAAAGAAAAAAAAUAAGAAGACAACAACUAGAAAAGCACCAAAGAAAAAGACGAAGAAAAAGAACAUCCCCAAGAAGAAGAAGCAUCAUAUUAAGACUACUCAUGCUCCUGAAACUAAAAAACCUAAAAAGAAACAUGAGACAAAAACUACUACUCGAAAAACAACGACUACAGCCGUACCAAUAAAAAUUCGUCAUAAGACUGUUACACGAAAAUCAUCGCCAAGACCUUCUACAACUGUCAAACCUUUAAAAACGCUUCGUACUUCUACCCACAGAUCAACUACCUCUCAUUCCACAACAACAACAACACGUCGAACGACACCGCAACCCUCACAAAGUACAACGUUAUUAGCCCACUUUGCAAAUCCGGAAACUUUCACGGUUCCUGGAGAGGCUGCUAUAAUGGCAGAUAUGAUAAAUGAAAUGCAAAUACUACCCGAGAAAAAUAAGAAUGAGCUCCUUAAUUUUUUGAAGGAUGAUUCUGACAUUAGCAAUGCUUCUAUACCAUCUGCUUCGAUUAAGAGCACAAUUUCGACGACGACAUCGAAACCUCCGAGUCACACCACAAUAAUGUCCCCACUUUUGAUAUCCACCACCACGACCUCACCUGCGACGACAACCACUUUAAUAAUUCACCAGACAGCAACUCCCAAGCCAAUCGACGGAAUUGAGCAUGUCACCGUUCCAGGAGAAGAUGUAAUCAUGAAAGAUUUGAUGAAGGAAAUUAAAGGACUUCCAGAUUCGGAGAAAAGUGAACUGGAAGCGUUUCUGAAGGACAAAAGUAGAAAGAGAAGGUAUGAAGUGUCUCCAUCAACGACGACGACGACGACAACUUCAAUUUUCAACACAACAACAGCCAAACCCAAAGGAAAACGAAAAGCCAUUGUCUCAAUAAGUUUAAAAGAGCUAUUAGAGCAACGACGUAAGCACAGGACGUUAUAG